AUGGCGGCCGAGCUGGGGCAGGAGACCGAGGUGGCGGAACUGCAGCGACUGGUGGCGGCCGAGGAGCAGCGGGCGCGCCUCACCGCCCAGGUCCACACCUUCAUGGAGGUCUGCUGGGAGAAGUGUGUGGACAAGCCCGGCUCCAAGCUCGACUCCCGGACCGAGACCUGCCUGGCCAACUGUGUCAACCGCUUCAUCGACACCACCUUGUCUGUCACCAACCGCUUUGCGCAGCUCAUGCAGAAAGGCGGCCACUGACCCAGGCUCCGGCAGGCUCUGGAGGGGCCCCCUUCCCCGGUCAGCCUGAGGAAGAGUCGGCCAGCUGCCGAUCGGUCCUCAGUUCCCCGACUGGCAAGGAAGGGGACUUUGUGGAAGAGACGCUGGACAAGGCAUGCCAGCUACAAAAUCAGGAGCACCUCCAAGCAAGUGGACUUGGUAUAGCAAUGUUGGACUACUGUCCUGCAAUGGCAGGAGAAUAGAAGUAAAUGCACCCCGAUGGUGUUAAACAAGCUCACUUAUAAAAUGAAAGGAGUAUAAUAUUGCUGUUCUUCACAAGGGGAUAUAAAGAUUUAGUCCAGUAAUGCUGUGCACAGAAUGAUUUGGCUGGAUCUGAAGCUGCUGUUAAUAGCAGUACGAGAGAAAUGUAAUUUAUUCUCCUUUAAUCUUUUAGCACAUUCUGUUCUGAUCUAAGCUUACAGUAACACUGGGGAGAUCAAUCAAACAUUUUAUUUCACUGUGGGUAUUUUUGAACAAAAUGAAAAUUGAUUAUUAAAUGAAGAAUGGUUUCUUGAAUAAAUCUGGUUGGCUUUGCACAACACACCAACCCAUCAACAAAACACAUGAACUAAAUUCACACAACUGACUAGAAAACAGCACUCUGACCUAUAAAGUUAUGUAUAAAGGCACCUAUGUUUUCAGUCAGAAUAACAAGUCAAAUGCUAUCUUUUGAAAAAGGAAAGAUAGAAAAAAUCCACCAUCGCCUCUCUGGAAUUCCUUAUCCUUUAGAUUUUUUUCAAUGCCAGUCACUUCCUUUGAGUGUAACUUAUGAACCUUUGCUCUCACACCACAAAUCAGAAAUGCAGUUAAAAUUGCCUGUUUUUUGGCUAAAGUCAACAUUGUUUAUUUUUUCAGACCAUUUAAACCAAUUCAUGCCAGUAGUUUGUAUGUAUAAAAAAUAAGUUGAUUUUCAUAGAAAUAACUUCAAUGGCUUUGCUUCUCAUAGCAACAAUUAUUUCCAAAAAUACUUUUUAUAUCCCUAUACACAAACGAUAAAAAAAAAAGCCCAGCUUAUUCUAAGUUUUAGAUCAGGAUCAUUCCACAGACAUUUAAUGUUGGACAAAUUUGUUUGGGGAGACCAGAAAAAAAAAGUAUUAAAUACAGAGCUGGCAAAAGGCUAAAGUGAGUAUUUUACAAAAUUUUGUGAAGGGGAAAUGGGGAUGGCCAAAAACAGAGAACUGCUCUGUGUUAGUGUAUUAAGUUUUUGACAAUCCUGCUUAGUAUAUUUUUGAUGGACAAAGGCAUAUUUAGCAAAUCUCUUGUUAAUCUCAUUGCUUCCCCCAUAUUUCAGGAAGUACAGUGUGUUAAGGAAGCUUUGAACUCUGUGCCAGGGUGCCCAGUCUCUUGCAGAACUGUAGUUGAUAGCAGUAUCUGGGGAGGUAGGAGACAGGUGUGAUUUGGGCUGUAUGCUGGGAAUGUUCUUUAGUGAAUCCUUCCACAGCCACUUAACAGGCAUUAGAAAGCCAGGAAGAGCUUUACCAAAAAAGAAAAAAAUCCUCCCCACCAAUAACAUGGCUCUUAAUUUGGUACUGCACGCAAAGAUAGAUCCUCUCCCAUCACUCAUCCUAUUAAUGACUACAAGAAGCUGGAGAGGGCUGCAUUUUCUCUGGAAUUAACUUCUGGCAGCGAGAGAGAAUUUAAGAACCCAGCCAGCUGAAACAAGAUCUAGUCCCACAAGGGCAAGUUAAUGGAUAGGAUGACCUGCAUUCUUCCAGGUAUGGAGAGGCAGCGGUCUCCGUUCCUUCACAAGGUGACUAGUUAAGUCUACCCUGAGGCUGCAGUGGGACAGUGUUUGGUUUUUGCCGAGCCAGUCUGCCCCCUGACCUCCCUCUAGAGAGGACACGUUCAAAGUGGAGAGGAUACCUGCCUACCUGCUUGGGGAAUACCUCCCCUCUCUC